CUGGGUUUGUUUUAGCUUCCUGAGCAGGAUGAGCAUUAUGAAGCAAUCGGUGGUGCUGCUGCUGCUGGUGGCGCUCUGCACCGACGCGGCGCCGACUACUGAAGAAUGUGCCAGUCUGACCAAAAGGCUGCUAACCAAGGACCUGCACACCAUUUACGGAGACUGGGUUCUGGUGUGGGGGGCCUCAAACGAUCCAAAGGAACUGACAAAUAAGACCGUCAGCUCUCACGUGGAGCUGAGACUCCGCUCUGACAACAAAACCAUCGACUACACUGAGAGGAACUUUUACCUUGAUAAAUCAUGCAUUACCUAUCGGAUCAACGUAUCGCUACCCGCCGACCCCACCGACGCUCAUCAUCACACACUGAUUGUUGAGUCUGCCACGGAGGAAAAGAAUGGAGUUGUUCACCCGUACAACGAAACAGGCCGCAUUGACGUGUACGAGAGCUGCCCCGACUGUCUGACGUUUGUCUACACAGAACCGACGUACCGAUACUUGCUGAGCUACAGGAGAGAAGGGCAACAUGGGGAUGUUGAGCAGCUGAAAGCAGCUCACAGUGAUCACAGGAAACAGGCAGAGUGUUUGGGAUUGCCCCACGAUAUUGCGUUUGCCUACGACGGAGUUGCAGAUUUUUGUCAUAAGAAAUCUGCUCCUGCUGCUCCUGCUGCUCCUGCUGCUCCUGCUGCUCCUGCUGCUCCUGCUGCUCCUGCUGCUCCUGCUGCAGAGUCCUGAGAGACGAACAUCCUGCUGGAGCAACGUUCAUUAAACAUCCCAUGAACACAAUAAAAACUAUUCAUAAUCUCUGAA